AUUGUACUCACAAGAUUUGAUCAGCACAGACGUGAUCCCAUCGAACGGUGGAUAAUUAACAGAUGACGUCCCUUGUACGGUACUCCAAUACCAGACAUCAGCAAAAUUAACAGCUUUUUGUAUUUCUCGUCUACGCAACAGAACAGACCCAAUAAAGUAACCCAAUCAACCUCUCAAUUCCCACCCUACACAACAAAUGGCCACCACUUUCCCGGCGCGGGCCAUCCUCUGCGGCGGCGGCACAACCACCACAGUCCGCGCACGGCGGCCGGAGACGGCUCAGAUUGGCAGGACGAUGACGGCGGCGAACGGCCAGCGGCGGUGGUGGAGGGCUGUUUCCGCCCCCUCCCGCCGCUCAUUAUCAACUACGGUUCUCCUCGCGGGGUUCCGAGCCGACGACUCGGCCCCGUUGGAGAUGUCGGUAGAGAACGCGCUGAAGCUGCUGGGUUUAUCGGAAGGAGCCUCUUUCGAUGAUGUACUUCGAGCUAAGAAUUCGAUUCUUGCCUCGUGUAAGGACGACCUAGAGGCAAUUGCACGGGUAGAGGCUGCAUAUGACAUGUUGCUUAUGCAAAGCUUUUCACAGCGCCGAGCUGGUAAAGUUGUAGAUAGUAAUAUUCGUUAUGCUGAUGUCAAACCUGUAAAUGCCCCUGGGAUGGGAUCAAUGCCUCGGUUGCUGCAGUCAACGGUUAGGAACUCACCCAUUUCAAUUAAAACACCGUCUAGUGGUGACUUGGGAAUACAAGCAGGUGUAUAUGGAGCUUUAAUGGUCUUAAACUAUGUCAAUGGAGCCUCUACAUUUUCCUCGGCAGGUGCAGCUGAUGUUCCUGGGCUGAUCUUGGCUUCUAGUUUUGGAGCAUCCUUAUACUUCAUGACCAAAAAGAAUGUAAAGUUAGGGAAGGCAACUUUAAUUACCAUAGGGGGCCUUGUAGCCGGUGCUGUGGUGGGAUCAGCUGUUGAGAACUGGUUGCAGGUGGACAUUGUCCCGUUCUUCGGCAUACACUCCCCUGCUGUGGUAGUCAGUGAAUUUAUACUCUUCUCCCAAUUUUUGGUUUCCUUGUACUUGAGAUAGGAUGCAAUUAAACGUAAUCAUUGACUAAAAUGCUAGACCUGUAAUCACUCAUUUGCACGAUUGUAAAUGUACAUCUUUAGAAUGGUUUAUUUCCUUACAGUGUACAAAGGGAGUGUUGAAGAAGUAAAACAAUUUAAGAAAGUUGCUUUUACGUUUUGAUUUA